AUGCUGCCCACCGCCCUGGGCUGGGGCGUCGCGGGCUCCUCGGCGCUGCUCGACCUACCGGCGCCGCCUGGCUCCGGCAACCUGGGCAAAAGUUUCCUGAUCGAGAACUUGCUGCGGGCGGCCCCGCCGAGCCCCGCCCGGCCCCUCCCCGGCCCGCUCACGCUGUGCCCGGCGGCGGAACCAGCCAGCCCCGCGGGGGGGCCCGGCCCUGCCCGAUGGGCUUGUCCCCGGCUUCACCCCUCCGCCGCGGCCAGCAGCGGGCUGCCAGCGCGGGCUCCGGACAGAGCCACCGGCAUCUUCCCUCCUGCAGCCACAGUUCUUUCCAAACAUUUUUUUCUCCGAGCCCCACCAUUCUACUCAGCAUGCUGCGGUGGGUCCUGUCAGCACCCUGUAUCCCCCACUGCUUUUCCAAGAGAGGAAAGUGUUCUGCCUCUGUUGACCCAGGACUCCAACUCCAAAGCCCGGAGAGGUAUUUUAAGAAGAGCUGUCUUUUCUGAAGACCAGAGAAGAGCUUUGGAGAAGAUGUUUCAGAAACAGAAAUAUAUCAGCAAAACAGACAGAAAGAAACUCGCCAUUAACCUGGGUCUGAAAGAGUCACAGGUGAAAAUUUGGUUUCAGAACCGAAGGAUGAAAUGGCGAAACUCCAAAGAAAAAGAAGUGCUUUCAAACAGGUGCCUCCAAGAAGAGGGUCUUCAAGAGAACUACCUCUCAAGAUCCACUCUGAAUUUUACUUCCCCGUGUCCUAAAUGGGAAGUGUCUCAACAGCAGGCAAGUCCAAGAUGGAGAGAGAAUUCUGCAGAACCUUCAGAAAGACUGAAUAAUAGAAAUAGCGCGCAGCCACCUCAAGAAGCAGAUUCAUUUCAGGGCACAUUGUAUUUGUACCCUGAACAAGACACUGGAGACAAGGCAGUUACAUUAUCAGUAUAA